AUCGGGAAUCGUUUUCUUGGGCAGGGGGUGAAGGAAGAAUCGAUUCCACAGACCGGACGUGCUUCCUCUCGAGUCGAGACUGACACUCGCGAUUAGUCUGAAGGUCCUCAAGGUGGCGAUGUCUCCACGCGUGCUCACCGUGGUGAGGUGUCUCCUGGGGGCGUUCUUCGUGCUGGCCGGGCUCGUCAAGGUCACGGACCUCGUGUCGCCAGACGUCCAUCAGCACAUGAAAGAGGAAUUCUCCAAGUUUUCCACCGUCUUCCCGCUCGCCCCGCGGGGCUGGCGACCUCCGGCCGACCUCUACAUGGCCACCGUCGGCUGGAUGGAGCUCCUUCCCGGGAUCCUCCUGGCGCUGGGGCCCACACCGCUGCAGACGGCGAGCGGCGUCCUGCUGCUCGUCAUCAUGAUCGGGGCCAUCUACAGCCUCCUGUCCCUGGGGCUGCCCCUGGUCCAGUGUCUCCCCGCCACCGUCUGCUGCCUCCUCCUGCUGCUGCUGCUGCUGCUGCUCAAGGCCAGGGAGCCGGUGGCCGCCGAGGGUCGCCUCAAGACCAAAACCUCCUGAGAGGGGGC